GGGGGUUGUGUCAUAUUUCUAGUGGUCCCACAGAUCCCUCCUUACAGACUUACAGAACAACAGGUGAAACGGACCCUUACAGAGCAGUCUAGUCCCCAACCCAGAGGUCCACACACCUCCGAACCCCCAGACAUCUCUCUCUUUCUUUCUCCUUCUCUAUUCCUCUCUCUGUCUCCCCAUUUGCCUUCUUCGGUUCCAGGUCUGAGUUCCAACCAUCCGAGGUCUUCCAUGAUGUUCAUCAGUAACAGAGUCUGGAUGGAGGAAGAGCAACAACGCAGUAGGAAUUAAAACGGGUUGAAGAUACAUUUUUGGGAAAAAAAGACCACAAGGUUUUAUUUCCUCGUCAUCUAUAAAGCUGAUUCCCUCUGCAGCCAUGGAGCAGCCCGUGAUGAAAGCCAGAUCUCCAGUGGGUCAGAUGUGUUCGGUGGUGGCACCCGCCUCGGCCAAGCAGCCUUCCUCCGCCCCCUCUCCCUCCAACACCAUGGGCCCCAAGGAGGUGGAGCUGAUUCUGGUUAAGGAGCACAACGGGGUCCAGUUCACCACCUCCACGUUGGUCAGCCCUGCUGGGCACCCCCACGGCCUUGCUCUGGGCCCCAGUCACGGACACACCCCUGUCCCCGGAGAAGAGAGGGAGACCUGGGGGAAGAAGAUCGACUUUCUCCUGUCUGUGAUAGGGUUCGCUGUGGACCUGGCCAACGUGUGGAGGUUCCCCUAUCUCUGCUAUAAGAACGGAGGAGGAGCGUUCCUGGUGCCCUAUCUGUUCUUCAUGGUGAUAGCAGGCAUGCCUCUGUUCUACAUGGAACUGGCUCUGGGACAGUACAACAGAGAGGGGGCCGCUGGUGUCUGGAAGAUCUGCCCUAUAUUCAAGGGUGUUGGUUUCACAGUGAUCCUGAUCAGUCUGUACGUGGGCUUCUACUACAACGUGAUUAUAGCCUGGGCCCUGUUCUACCUGUUCUCUUCCUUCACCGGAGAGCUGCCCUGGGUCCACUGUAACAACACCUGGAACAGCCCCAACUGCUCGGACCUCUGGGCCUUCAACAACUCCCUCAACGACACACACAAGUCCACCCCCGCAGCCGAGUACUUUGAGCGUGGGGUGCUCCACCUACAGGACAGUGAGGGUAUAGCUGACCUGGGUCUGCCUCGUUGGCAGCUGACAUCCUGUCUAGCUGUGGUCAUCGUGGUUCUCUACUUCAGCCUCUGGAAGGGGGUCAAGACCUCAGGGAAGGUUGUGUGGAUCACAGCCACCAUGCCCUACGUGGUCCUGACCGUCCUGCUGCUGCGUGGGGUCACCCUCCCUGGAGCCAUGGAUGGCAUUAAGGCCUACCUCAGCGUCGACUUCCUACGACUCUGUGAGCCUCAGGUCUGGAUAGACGCUGCCACUCAGAUCUGCUUCUCUUUGGGAGUCGGGUUUGGUGUGCUAAUAGCGUUCUCCAGCUAUAACAAAUUCAGCAACAACUGCUAUAGAGAUGCCAUCAUCACCAGUUCCAUCAACUCCCUGACCAGCUUCUUCUCCGGCUUCGUCAUCUUCUCCUUCCUGGGUUACAUGUCCCAUAAACACAGCGUGCCAUUGGACAAGGUGGCCACAGACGGUCCUGGUCUGGUGUUCAUCAUCUACCCAGAGGCCAUUGCAACAUUACCAGGAUCCUCAGUGUGGGCAGUCAUCUUCUUCAUCAUGCUGCUGACUCUGGGCAUCGACAGUGCUAUGGGAGGGAUGGAGUCAGUGAUCACAGGAUUGAUGGAUGAGUUCAAGUUUCUCCACAAACACCGGGAACUCUUCACCCUCUUCAUCGUUGUGUCCACCUUCCUAAUCUCACUGUUCUGUGUCACUAAUGGUGGCAUCUAUGUGUUCACUCUGCUGGACCAUUUUGCUGCUGGGACAUCCAUUCUCUUUGGAGUGCUUAUUGAGGCCAUCGGCAUCGCCUGGUUCUACGGAGUGGAUCGGUUCAGUGACGACAUCGAGGAGAUGAUCGGACAGAGACCAGGCCUGUACUGGAGACUGUGCUGGAAGUUUGUCAGCCCGUGCUUCCUCCUGUUCAUGGUGGUGGUGAGCUUCGCGACCUUUAACCCUCCUAACUACGGGACGUACACGUUUCCCAUAUGGGCCAACAUGAUUGGCUGGUGCUUGGCUAUAUCCUCCAUGACCAUGGUGCCUCUCUAUGCCAUGUACAAGAUGUGCACCUUACCUGGAAAGUUCUGUGAUAGACUGGCCUACGCCAUAACGCCUGAGCACGAACACCACCUGGUGGAUAACGGAGAAGUUAGGAGGUUUACGCUCCAACACUGGAUGGUGAUCUGAGCCCAGGAAGAAGACAGAGGUCCGUUCACAUGGAGGAUGGAUGGAUAGAGAGAGCGAGGGAGGGAUGGAUAGAGUGAGUGAUGGAGGGAUGGAUAGAGUGAGUGAGUGAUGGAUGGCUAGAGAGAGGGAAGGAUGGAUGGAUGGAUAGAGAGAGGGAAGGAUGGAUGGAUGGAUAGAGAGAGUGAUGGAGGGAUAGAGUGAGGGAUGGAUGGAGGGAUAGAGUGAGGGAUGGAUGGCUAGAAGGAGGCACGGCAGACAUGCGAAGAGAGUUUAUCCCGUAACAAGAGGAGAGAGAAGUGUUUGAAAUGCCAACCAAGCUGUCAAAUCGUAGUGGUCUUUAAUUUCCUCAAUGGACGUGUGGUUGUGUGCUGUGAUCUAGAUCAGGAUGUUGGUGAUGUUCGGUCAAAAUAUCAAUCUUAAACAAUGACUGUUAUGAUUAUGGAUAAUACACCUAUAUAUUCAUGUUUAAUUUGUGAGCUGAGGAAAAAUCUGAGCAUUUGGUUUAGUGUAAAAUAUAUUAUAUGAUUAUCUGUUGUAGAGGUAACUAAGAGAAAUAGUAUUUAUUACAGAAACAACAUAGCCAAUAACAAAAGGACAUGACUGUAUUUAACUGUAUAUGAAAGUGUACAUGUUUUAAGUUAAGUUUGUGACAACAUAUACCCGUUACAUAGUAAACUAGCUUUUUAUAUUGUGCCAACAGUUUCCUUUUGACACUUCAAAAAUGUGUUGUCUGUUACUUCUCUUCUGAAAAUGUUUUCAAAUGUACCGAGGGGGGGUCCACCCUUGAUAAAGAUGAGAAAAAAAUAAAUAUUAAAUAAAUUAUUUAAAUACUGAGCUAUG